AAUGUAAUGCGAACGUAUAACAAGGAACGUAUAACAAAGGAAGACAAAUAAUGACAAAGGACGGACCCACCGCCGCCAUAAUCAAUCCGACCAUCACCAUACAGCAACUCGUGGACAAGGAGCUGAUGACCUGUAUCAUCUGCCUGGAUUGUUUGGACGUUCCAUUGAUCCAAUGCAGCAACGGUCCCCACUUCAUUUGUCAUCUAUGCGUGAAGGAAGUCUCCAAAUGCCCAGUGUGCAAUGCUGGUCACUUCCUGCGAAACCGGUUUCUGGAACAGCAGCUGAUGCCGUACGCGGAAACAUGCACCAUCGCCGGAUGCACACAGAAAUGUCUGCCCUGGGCAAGAGAAAGCCAUGCACUCCGAUGUGAACAUAUCCCUUUUCCGUGCUUCCUAUGCAAAAAGCCAGUGUCCACUUCGAGCAUGGCGCAACAUUACAGCACUGAUUGCUCCUGCAUCUACUUGGAUGAGAGUCCCGACGGAGGUGGAACAUUCGCUGGACUCAGUUCCAUGACCAUUAGCCGCUGGGAAUUCAAAAUCACUUUGAAUACCGAGCAUUCUACUUGCCGUAAGUUGGACAACUUCUAUAUCCUUUGCAAGCCGAUGACUCUAGGCACGGAGUAUCGCUGUUUUUGCAUCGUCGCGAUUUCCAAACAACCAUCCGGUUCGACACGGGUGGUGGAAGAGCUUUGCGUAACCCUCCAAGUCGCCGACAACAUUGGACAAUUCCCUGUAUCCCUGUCGAUAUCAGUGCAACCGUUCCUUGAUCCGAAGGAUGUAUCUGAGGCUUUCGCAGCUCUUGUUCCAGCGGUGAGCGCGGACACGGAGCUACAGUGCACUAUACGACAGGGGUCCCGUUCCUGCGGGAUGUGGCUACCACCGGCAUCGGAGGGUGCCAGUCGAUGGUGAAAUCGGAAAAUUCCGAGAGGUUCCUCCGUUCUCUGGGAAUAUGUUACCGGUGGAGUGCCGCCAUGGAGUCCGAGUGGCAUAGGAAGGUAAAGGAAUGUAAAGUCAGUAUAGAGUGCAAGGAGGUGUUCACUUCUUCUCGGCACCGGCGAAACAUCCGGUCCGAGUCAAGGGCUCGCGAGAGGUCUCGUUGUUGGCGACGGG